GUAUUAGCAGUCUAUUGUUAUGGUUUAUGGAAUGGGAGAUGAGGAAUCAUGCAAUAAGCCCCUUGGAAGAGCUUCUGUGUUUUAUUAUGGUGUCGGCCACAUGCUUAAUGACAUUACAUCUGCAUGUUGGUUUACUUAUCUAUUGGUGUUCCUAACAGAUAUUGGAUUGUCCCCUAGAAAUGCAGCUACGGUUAUGCUUUCAGGUCAAAUUGCAGAUGGAUUUACAACAAUAUUUGCCGGAGAGCUGAUAGACAGGUUUGGGCAUUUCAAAAGAUGGCAUGGUGCAGGAUCAGUUCUGGUUGCAAUUUCCUUUUCUUCUGUUUUUGGUGUUUGCCUUCCAUGUAAAAUCUUUGCAACCAAUUCAUCUAUAGUGCAGACGAUUAGUUACAGCAUAUUUGCUGCAAUUUUCAAUGUGGGUUGGGCUGCUACCCAAGUUUCGCACAUGUCUAUGGUGAAUUGCAUCACACUAAAUCCAACAAGCCGAGUUGUGUUGGCUAGUUGUCGUAAUGCUUUUACAAUGGUGGCCAACCUCAGCCUAUAUGCUGUUGCUUUAGCAGUGUUCUAUGUUAGCAAGCCCAGAGCACAUAUUGAUAUUGAAAAUCAGUACCGCUGGAUUGCAUAUUUGUCAAUUUUCAUCGGGUGCUGUUUUGUAAGCAUAUUUCAAAUUGGAACCAAAGAACCAAGAUUGAAGCACAGAAGCCAAGGAGCAAGUUAUCAAAGGAUUUCAUGGGCAUACUGGUUCAAGAAAGUAUUAUACCAUCAAGUUGCCAUUGUUUACGUACUGACUCGACUAAUAACAAAUGUCUCACAGGCCUUUCUUGCAUUUUAUGUCAUUAAUGAUCUGCAAAUGGCUCAAUCAUCUAAAGCUUUGGUUCCUGCCAUCAUCUACAUUUGCAGCUUUGCUGUCUCUGUAGUUUUACAGGGGAUCACUUGGACUGGUCAACGCCUCAAGGCCUUCUUUACUGCUGGAGCUGUUCUUUGGAUAUUUUCCGGUGCAGGAAUUCUCAUUCUUCCAAGUAGCAUGCACAAUUUUAUGUACCUUUUGUCAGUGAUCAUUGGUAUCAGUAAUGCAUUAAUUAUGGUGACAGGAGUGAGCAUGCAAAGUUUUCUAGUUGGUGAAGAUCUCAAUGGCUGUGCAUUUGUUUAUGGGUCAUUAAGCUUCUUAGACAAAAUUUCUUGCGGUCUUGCUCUAUACGUUCUUGAAUCCUAUCAAAGUUCUGCUGCAAGCCUAAAGGGCUGUCAUCGGAUCAUGGGCUGCCUGUCAGUUACAAGAUAUGGUUUGGGUCUGGUUCCUGCAUCUUGUGCACUUCUUGGACUGGUGGUUACAUACACCAUGGACCUUCAUACACCCCAUUUGAAACCUAUUAUGGAGCCCCUCCUGACAUAGUGUUGAAAUUGCUGGUGCAAGCAUAUAAUUGGGGAACAACAUUAUGCAUUUAUACAACUCAAGCAUCAGCAAUAACUCUGGUUUCUAUUUUUGAAGUAUCCAAGUGUCAAGGGGGUUUUCCUUUAAAAUGUCAAGCAAUAUUCAGGAAGUAGACUCCAAAUGGAAUCUAGCAACCUGCUUCAAGACAGGCUAAAACAACUCUACAAGAUGUCUCUCUCCUGACCAUGUACAGGAUUAGAUAUUUGUAGGAUCAUCAUUUGUAAGAUAGACCAACGAUGUACAAUUUGCUGUAGUGUUGCAAAAUCUAAUUGAAUACUUCUUGUUCAUAAACUAAAA